AUGGCGAAGGAGCGUCUAACUGCGGCCACUGAAGAGAUUUUCUUGCUUUUUGAAAGAACGAUACAGGAGUAUGAGCAGGAACUGAGCCGCUCCAAAGAGGAGACCCACAGGACACAGGCACUCCUGGACUCUGUUCUGAACCCGAGGGUCAGGCAGCUCCAGGCAGAUACAGAGACGAGAACUGAGCCUGGUCUGAACCAUGAGAUCCCAGAGUCUUCACAGAUUAAAGAGGAGCGAGAGGAACAGGGCUUCAAACAGGAGGAAGACCAUCUGCCAGUGGCCAUCUCUUCCUUCAGGAUGCACACUAUAAUUUGGGCGUUCGGGGUGGAGCCUGGUUACAACAACAUGGUGGUCUCUGGACUGCCAGUGGUCACCCAGUUUCCCAGUCUGUCUCCUCCUGUGGUUCACCCCUAG